AUGGACAAGGACGUGUACUCGUUUGUCGCGGCGUGUGACGUGCAGGAGGACGUGUAUGUGCAUAUCUUGGACUUGGAGGGGCCGUUGCCGCACAAUUCCCCAGCAGAGAUCGCUGCCAAUGCGGCGCUGCGCCUGCGUGGAGAAAACCAAGGCCAAGGGACCUUGGCGCCAUUGCGUGUAGUGUGCCAAUUAUACGCAGAUACAAAACCGAUUGCACUCCCAGAAUGCACACAGUAUAUGCCGUUUGCGGAUGGGUACAGAUGGGAUCGGUGGAUUCACAUUCCGUAUGCGAUUGCUGCGCUGCCAAUCGAUGCGAUGCUUGUGUUUACAGUGCUGGAUAUUAGUAUGCCGGACUCGCAAUAUGUAGUGGGCGGUACGACGCUUCCCCUUUUUGGGCGAAAAGGGUCGCUGCGGCGCGGCAAGCAAAAGAUGCGUCUUUGGCGAGGCGUCGUGGGCGACACGCAUGUGCCAUCUGCAACGCCACACGAGCUGCCUGCAGGAGCAGAGUCUGUACGGCUGGAAAAGUUAAAGAAGAAGCAUGCGCGGCACAGUAUUCCUUCCGUCGAUUGGCUUGAUGCUAUUGCCCAGCACACGAUGGAGCAAAUUCACACGGCAGCGGUGGCUUGCUCGUCGGACCUUGUUCUCAAUGUCGAGGUGCCAGCUUACGAGCUUCCUGUCGUUUUUGCAGAGCCUGAAGCGCAAGUGGCGUCGAGUUUGGCUUUGGCACAGCGCGCAGCGACGGUCCAGACGGUCCAGCCGUCCUUGUUCACCGUCUACGACCCAGAAGCACUUGGCGAGAAUUUAGUCGAGGCAAAGCACCGCCGGUUAGUGCGAUCACAGCGCUCCAACGUUUUGGACCGCGAUCAGAAACCGACAGCAUCGAUCCGCGACGAGCUGAAUGGGAUCCUACUUUAUUCGCCAACACGCGUGCUGACUUCUGCAGAGAUGGACGUAAUUUGGUCGUUCCGUUUUUACCUUGCACGGCACUCCAAGGGUCUUACCAAAUUCCUCAAGUCAGUGGUGUGGACUGACGCAUACGAGGCGCGCCAGGCCACGGAAGUACUGCUUCCCAUGUGGGCCGAGCCGGACCUCGCCGACGCACUCGAGCUGCUCGGGCCCGUAUUUCUUGAUUUGCGCGUGCGCGCCUAUGCCGUCCGGCUUUUAGCCCGGGCGGAUGACGAAGAGCUCGAGUUGUAUCUUCUCCAGCUUGUGCAGGCGCUGAAAUUUGACGAGACGGCGUGGAAGUUGACUAGUAUGGACACGCCGCAGCGCAUGCUUCGUAGUCUGCGCCACAGUGCACAAGAUAUGCACGACACUGCUCUUGAUGCAGACAAGCUGCGACUGUCUAAGCUGCUGUGUGCGCGCAGUGCUGCGAACCCCGUGCUGGGAACCAUGUUUUACUGGUACGUCAAGGUCGAGACCGACGAUGCGCGCCAUGGCGAGCUGUACACGCGUGUCUUGCAUGAUCUGCAGGCGUGUUUGCAGGCGUCGAAUCCGUCACUUGCGCAGCAGCUUGUCCGGCAGGGCCACUUUGUCAGCACACUCGCGCAAUACUGCCAGGAGCUCAGGCGAAGCAAGGAAGCGCGGCCCAAAAAAAUCGAGCGGUUGCGCGCACUGCUCCAAGAUAAAAAGAGCGGCCUUGCUACGUUUGUGCCACCUCUACCACUCCCGCUUGACCCAAUGGUGCAUGUAUCUUGCACCAUUGCUGCAAAUAGCACCAUCUUCAAAAGCAACCAAUUUCCGCUCCGGAUCGAAUUUUGUGCCGAGGAGAGCGAAUUUGUUUGCGAGGCGGGCGCAAAAAGGGGCUCGGACACGAAGUCGAGCGGCACGUAUACCAUUAUUUGCAAAAAUGGGGACGACCUGCGUCAGGACCAACUGGUCAUACAGCUGUUUACCCUUAUGGACCGGCUCAUGCGUCACGAAAAUCUCGAUUUGCGCAUCACGCCCUACCAUGUGUUGGCCACAGGCGUGAACCAUGGCAUGGUUCAGUAUAUACCCAGCAUGCCGAUUGCGACGAUCAUGGCAGAGUAUGGUGGGAGUUUGCUAGAGUACAUGCGCGUGCAUCAUCCCGAUCCCAGGAACGCCGCCUCGUUUUAUGUCCAGCCGUCGGUGCUGGAUACGUUUGUGCGCAGUUGUGGUACGUUUUCACGAAUGCUGACCGUAGCGGGGUAUUGCGUCAUUACCUAUUUACUUGGUGUUGGCGACCGGCACCUGGACAAUUUGCUGGUUGCGCCGGACGGCCACUUUUUCCACGUCGACUUUGGCUACAUUCUUGGUCGCGAUCCCAAACCUUUUCCGCCGCCUGUCAAGGUGUGCAAGGAAAUGGUGGAUGGUAUGGGCGGUACAUCAUCCGUGUACUAUAAACGAUUUAAGCAACUAUGUCAUACUGCGUUUGCAUGCCUCCGCAGAAACGCAAACUUGAUUCUCAAUCUCGUGUCGCUCAUGGUCGAUGCCAAUAUUCCUGAUAUUCGUGUCGAGCCGGACAAGGCAGUGCUAAAAGUCCAGGAAAAGUUUAUGCUCGACAUGAGCGAAGAAAAUGCUGUCGCACAUUUUGAGGCGCUCCUGAAUGAGACCUCCUACCUGUCCACCAUGUUUGAUCGGCUGCACAACAUGGCACAAUACUUCCGCCAGUAG